GCAUGUAGCUCGGCCGCAGCUCGCUCCAUUCACGCUGCGCCACCCCCAGCCGGCCCGCGGUCCCCGGCCCCCUGUGCCCUGCGAGAGGCCUGCAGACCCUGGCUGCAGCGGGCCCCCGGGGGACCGCGCCCCUCUCGCCCCGGCCUCGCGCCGCCUGGGGGGCGCUGCAAAUAGUCCUUUGUUUACAUGCAAUUCCUUACUCCGCGGAAGGAGGCCGGGGGAGUGCUGAGUUUUCACCAGCUGUUUCCCGCCUUGAAACAGACAUCUGAUCAGCUGCAAACACACACACACACACACACACACACACACACACACGCCCGGGGAGGCAGGCCGGAGAGACCUCCCUCCCGCCCCUCCCGCCCGCCUCCCUCCCCUCGCCGCCGCCGCCGCCGCCGCCAGCAUCUGGGACCGGCCGAUUCUGCACCUCCGUCCGGCGCUGCCCUUUGAUUCGGAUUUCCAUCUUGCAUUCUCCGGCUGAUCGCGGGACCUGGCUCGUGCAGAGGAGGGGGGCCGAUCGCUAUGGAGUAUUUCAUGGUGCCCACUCAGAAGGUGCCCUCUUUGCAACAUUUCAGGAAAACAGAGAAAGAAGUGAUAGGAGGGCUCUGUAGCCUUGCCAACAUUCCACUGACCCCAGAGACUCAGCGGGACCAGGAGCGGCGGAUUCGACGGGAGAUCGCCAACAGCAACGAGCGGAGGCGCAUGCAGAGCAUCAACGCGGGCUUUCAGUCUCUCAAGACCCUCAUCCCCCACACAGACGGAGAGAAGCUCAGCAAGGCAGCCAUUCUCCAGCAGACAGCCGAGUACAUCUUCUCCCUGGAGCAGGAGAAGACCAGGCUCUUGCAGCAGAAUACACAGCUCAAGCGCUUCAUCCAGGAGCUGAGCGGCUCGUCCCCCAAGCGACGGCGGGCAGAGGACAAGGACGAAGGCAUCGGCUCUCCGGACAUCUGGGAGGACGAAAAGGCGGAGGACUUGCGGCGGGAGAUGAUUGAGCUUCGGCAGCAGCUGGACAAGGAACGCUCGGUGCGCAUGAUGCUGGAGGAGCAGGUGCGCUCGCUGGAGGCCCACAUGUACCCAGAAAAGCUCAAGGUGAUUGCGCAGCAGGUGCAGCUGCAGCAGCAGCAGGAACAGGUGAGGCUGUUGCACCAGGAGAAGCUGGAGCGGGAACAGCAGCACCUGCGGACCCAGCUCCUGCCCCCUCCUGCCCCCACCCACCACCCCACAGUGAUCGUGCCGGCACCGCCUCCCCCUCCCUCCCACCACAUCAACGUUGUCACCAUGGGCCCCUCCUCAGUCAUCAACUCUGUUUCCACAUCCCGGCAAAAUCUGGACACCAUCGUGCAGGCAAUCCAGCACAUCGAGGGCACCCAGGAAAAGCAGGAGUUGGAGGAGGAGCAGAGGCGAGCUGUCAUCGUGAAGCCGGUCCGAAGCUGCCCGGAGGCCCCCACCUCUGACACGGCCUCCGACUCCGAGGCCUCAGACAGUGAAGCCAUGGACCAGAGCCGGGAGGAACCGUCAGGGGACGGGGAGCUUCCCUGACUACCCCCCCCAGCCCUCCUCUCCCUUCUGGGGGCUCGAGGGAGCCGGGGCAGCCACAGGGAGAGAUGAGGGUGAAUGAGUGAGAAAUUUUUACAAAAUUACGAUGUUAUUUGGGUCUCUUUUAUGACCUCUUUUUCAAUACUGUAAAUCAACCUUUGAACGAAGCCACUCAACCCGAGGUCCCAGGGCUGGGAUGGCUCAGAGCGUGUGGGAGCAUCGGGACCCCAGGGCUGGGCCUCGGCCCCGGGGGCUGGGGGAAGCUGACACGGAGGUGCCUGCCUCUCUCUGCCAAAAAGCAUUUUUUCCUUUAAACAUGUUUUUUAAGAACAGGGAAAAU